AUGUCCGGCAAAAACGAGCAAGGCUUCAUCGAUGUCAAGCAGAAAAACGUCUUCGACGCUCCCCUCCACAAACACUCGUCUGAAAGAACAAACACGCCAUCUUCCUCCCUACCGCCCUCCCUCCACCCAGGCAUGUGCACCCCCGCACACCCCAUCGCCGCCAUCCUCACAAACGCCUUCCUCGACAUGUGCGCCUCCACCGGCACCGAUCUGCGCAAAGCAGGUGUUGGGCCUGGCCAGCGAUUCUGCGUCGAAGCCCGCAUGUGGAAGAGCGCUGCGGACAAGGGCGUAGCCGAUGUGCCGCGUGUGAAGUUAGAAGCGACGCAUGCGGCGGCGUUGGACAGUGUCGGCAUGGAUGUGUUGAGGCGGUGGGCGGCGGAACGUGAGGCCGAGGGCGCGCAGGAUAAGGUUGUGUGGCCGGAGGAGGGGAGUGAGCCGUGGGCGAGGAGUAGUGGGGAUAUUGGGGCUAAGGAUCCAAGGUCUUAGGGAGAUUUGUAGGGUAGACUGGAUUGGACAUGGGUGAGUAUUGUGAUGGAGUCUUGUACGAAAGGGAUAGUAAG